AUGUGUCGUAUUCUCAGGCUCCAAUAUGCUUGCUCUAGCAAUGGCAAACCCCAUUACAUGGAGGACACCCAAGGUGCAUUCUUCCCUUGCAAUGAUAGGCUCGGCUGUUUCAUAGAAAAUGUUUUAGCUAUGAAGCCAGGAUCAGACACGACUCCCCCAAGCUCCACUAUCGAAAGGGAGUAUGCUAUUAUGUGGAUUGGAGGUGACUGCGAAAGGUGCGCCAAUAAAAAGGCGAGGAAGAUUGAAGAGGAGGAUAAGUUCUUUGUUAAAAUGGCUUCUGUAGUUGACAGAACGGAAAGGGAUCUCAACGCCUUGGUCAUGCGUUGUGGCGAGAUUUCUGCCAGGAACAGGAGGCGCAAGAAUUGGAUGUGGGCUUCAAAUCAAGGAUCAAGAUACAAUCUUCUGCAAGAGGCAUCACGAUCAGAUUGA